ACUUUUACACGGAGCCAUUUGACGUCCGUGUUCGUAGCUAUCUCGGUUAGCUUCUUCUCGCCGCCUGUGCAGUCCUCCUGUUUGAUGAGGUGUGGAGGAAAGAGGAGAUGUGGUCCUUUUUUGCCAGGGAUCCUGUCAAAGACUUCGCUUAUGAGAUUCUGCCAGACACCCAGGAGAAGUCUGGAAUAUGGACUCUCCAUCGGGGGAAGCGAAAGACCAAUGCAGAGCCAGUGUCGGUGUUUGUGUACGAGGUAGCACAAGGAACAGAGCUGCAAACUCAGCUAGCCAAGGCUGCCUUCAAACGUAUGAAGACCCUGCGUCACCCUAACAUCCUGGCUUAUGUUGACGGAUUGGAGACAGAAAAGAGUCUGUAUCUGGUUACUGAGCAGGUGACACCCCUGUCAGUCCACCUGAAGGCCCAGGCAGACAAAGGUGGAGCUGGGGACCUGGAGGUCUCCUGGGGACUGCAUCAGAUAGUGAAAGCUCUGAGUUUCCUGGUCAAUGACUGCCACCUGCUCCAUAACAACUUGGGUCUGUGGUCUGUUUUUGUGGAUCGAGCCGGGGAGUGGAAGCUCGGGGGCCUCGAACAUGUAGCCCCUGAGCAGGGUGACCCAAGCGGGGUCUCACUUCCUGCCCCCAAGACUGUUUACCCAGACAUGGAGAAAUAUGACCCACCAGAGAUGUCCAAUAGCAGUGGAGAGAAAUGGGCAGGGGAGGUGUGGAGGCUAGGCUGCCUGAUCUGGGAGGUGUUCAACGGGCCGCUACCUCGCACGUCCUCCCUUCGUUCACUUGGAAAGAUCCCCAAGGCCCUGGUCCCUCAUUACUGUGAGCUGGUGGGGGCUAACCCCCGAGCUCGGCCCAACCCGGCCCGCUUUCUCCAGAACUGUAGAGCCCCCGGAGGGUUCCUCAGCGGCAGCUUUGUGGAGAGCAACCUUUUCCUGGAGGAGAUACAGAUCAAGGAGCCAGCUGAGAAGCAGCAGUUCUUCCAGGAUCUGAGUGACAAUCUGGACUCCUUCCCUGAAGACUUCUGCAAACACAAGGUCCUGCCCCAGCUGCUGACUGCCUUCGAGUUUGGCAAUGCAGGAGCUGUAGUCCUCACACCACUCUUCAAGGUGGGGAAGUUCUUGUCAGCAGAAGAGUACCAACAGAAGAUCAUCCCUGUAAUUGUGAAGAUGUUUUCCUCCACAGACAGAGCCAUGAGGAUACGACUGCUGCAGCAGAUGGAGCAGUUCAUUCAGUAUCUGAAUGAGGCAGCAGUCAAUUCCCAGAUUUUCCCUCACGUUGUUCACGGCUUCACAGACACCAACCCCGCCAUCAGAGAACAGACUGUUAAGUCUAUGUUGCUGCUCGCUCCCAAGCUGAAUGAGACGAACCUGAACCAGGAGCUGAUGCGUCACUUUGCCCGGCUGCAAGCCAGAGACGAACAAGGCCCGAUCCGAUGCAACACCACAGUCUGUCUGGGCAAGAUCGCAUCCUACCUCAACGCCGGGACUCGACAACGUGUUCUGAUUUCUGCCUUCUCACGAGCCACUAAAGACCCUUUCCCAGCUUCACGCUCUGCUGGUGUGCUGGGCUUCGCCGCCACGCAUAACUACUACAGUGUAACAGAGAUCGCCGCACGCAUCCUGCCCACCCUCUGUGUCAUCACGGUUGACCCCGAUAAGGGCGUCAGGGACCAGGCAUUCAAAGCCAUCAAGAGUUUCCUUUCCAAGCUUGAGACUGUGUCAGAAGACCCCACCAAGCUGGCUGAUAUAGAGAAAGACGUAGCAUCAUGUGCUCAGCCUGCAGGGGCCUCUUCCAGCUGGGCCGGCUGGGCUGUGACUGGCAUGUCCUCGCUGACGUCUAAGCUGAUCCGCAACGCUCCAGGGACAGAGGGGAGUGCAGGAGCUGACGGCACCGGGCCUGCCAGCGACACCAGCCCUACCAGUGCCACGGACGAAGCACCUGCACCUGGUGAUGAAAAUAAAACUCCUCAAGCCCCUCUGACUCACCAUGCUGCCUCUAGUCGUGCCAACAAAUCACAGGCUCUUGAAGUUACAGACAACGACGACGAGCCGAUAGGAGACCGCUGGGAUGACGAGGAGGACUGGGGACGCUUGGAGGAUCCAGAGAAAACUCACACAGAGACAGAUGACUGGAACAGUGACUGGUCAGGAAUGGCAUCAUCCAAAAAGAAGGCCAGUGACAGAGCAGUGGGCCGGUCCUCUGCAGCGGUGAAAAAGCAGAGCUCUGACUGGAGCAGCUCAGGCUGGGACGCCGACGACAGUUGGUCAAACGAGAAAGAAGGCCAGGGUCAGAGCUCUGCGGGCGAAGAAGGCUGGGGCAAUGACUGGGGAGAGGAGGACACAGACACAACGUUGACCAACACGACACUCCCUCUGCCCGAAGGGGUGCGAUUAGCCAGCGAUUACAACUGGGAAACAAGCUCAGCCAAAGCGGCCAAUCAGAAUGAUCUGUUCGCCAGCGUGUCCCAGAGAAACACAACCAGCACUACUGCCACCACGGCUGGAGAUGGCUGGGCUGCAGAGGCAACAGGAGAGUGGGGGGCCGAGGAGAGCUGGGAGUCAGUGGAAGGAAACCAGGGGGGUCUCAGCAAAGCUGAGCUGUCCAAGAAGAAGCGUGAGGAGAGGAGGAAAGAGCUGGAAGCCAAACGGGCAGAGCGCAAAGCUGCUAAAGGUCCUCUUAAAUUGGGCGCACGGAAGCUGGAUUGAGCGGGGACGCAAGGAUUUGAGGAUUUAAGGGCGGGGAUGGAGAGUGAGGAACAUGGACCACAGUGACUGGACCCGGAGCAGUGGUUGGAGGAUUGACAUUCCACAUACUUAAGGACCAGAGAAGAAGUGUUAGCAGUGAAGAAAUGACCGUGAACAGCAAUCACAAUGAAGGCUUCUUGCUGGUUCAGCUGAGGAAAAUGUUGCUGUUGGUCAGACGGUGACUCUCUGCUUCUCACAGAUGCAACAGUCCAGUGCUUUACGGAUAGAGAGGAGACAGAGACAGAAAAGAAAGACAUGAAGCAGCACUCCAUGCAGCAGAGUUCACACAAAACGUCCCUCCCCACCUUUUUUUUUUUUUUUUUUUUUUAAAUACAUAAUUCAUAAAGGUUCAGUUGUAAAGUCAAUGUAUAUAAAUGUUGCAUCUUGUCUUAAAGUGACAUGAAGAAGACACUUUUUAAAAAAUCACAAGUAUAUACAACAGAAUUCAAACAUGUAUUAUUGUAUUGAAUGAUUCUCGGUACACACACACACACACACACACACACACACACACACACUCUUACAGUGGAUAUGAAUGUUUUAGUUCAGCUGUCACUAACUUACAGAUUUAAGACUUAAAAUCGAUCCAUGCAUGCACUUGUGUAUUUGUGUGGCCUAACAAAAGCUUUCGUGGCAAAGUACUACAACCGUGUUGAGUCUACUUUGCACAUACAACACUGUACUGAACUGGCUGGAGAGCUGACACAUUUGACUGGUUUCAGAUCUGUUAUUGUGUUAAUAUGCACUGCAGACACAUGACGAGAACACGAGUAGUGCAAUUGAGGCUGGAGAACUGGUUUAAGUGUAUGGGUUGUACAUGCCUUUGUCAUAUGUGGGGUAGUGCUGGGGUGGUGGAGGGGUUCUCGUCGGUCCAGGGUAAAGAAAUUCCCUAAAAGUUUCUUUUACUCUUUUUAUUUGUGCCUUUUAUUUGUCGGAUCACUUUCAAGGUUUAUGAGAACAUUUUAAAAAGUGGACCUGAAAUGUCUCCCACCAGUAGAUCCCUGUCUUCAUGAUGAUCCUCCUGUCUGUGUUGGAUGUGGCAUUGCUUGGUUUGUUGUAAGAUGCUGCAUAGAUGAAAAGCUGACACAAUCAACAGCCAUCACCACUGGAGCUAAUGUCCUGCUAUGGGGUGGUCAAGUCAGGUGAAGAACUAUGCUGUGUUGGUGGUAAACUGAGGGAGAGUAGAUGCAACCUUUUACAGUAAAUCCAAAUCAUGUAGCAUGUGAGCUAUUCUAAAAAAAAUAAAUCUAAUUAAAAUA